CGUCAUAAUCCUUUUGUUGUGAUGUGGCUAGUGGCCUAAUUAUGACUUCGAAAAGGAUGAGAGGGAGUAUCAUUUAAUCGUUUACUGUAACUGUUGAUUGUAAGAACUAAUGUUAAUAUAGAGGGGGGGUGUCGUAUGAACUAUGCGGCAGUAGCAGCGGCAAUUCAAUCGGCGUGUAUGCCAUCGAGGUCGCGUAACAACUCAACAACUGGUAUCGAUAGUGCGCCCGGGUAGUCGCACGCUAUACACGCGUUCGUACGGUUGUGUUCUGUAGUACAGUCGUCGUUCUAUUUAAUAAGUUACGAUUGAGGUAUUCCACGAGCGUCUUUAGUAUUUCAAUUUUCGAUAUUUAGUUUUUGUGUAAAUAACGGUACUCCAAUAGUAUACAAUGAAGGUCAUAUUUUAUUUUUAUUAUCCAUUUGUGCUUGUUCGGUGACAAAAUUUGUCGGUUUAAUAAUAAAUUCUGUGCGUUUUAAACUAUUUGAACGGCAGUGGAUGAACGAAUGAUCUCGUUGAAUACUGUAUUAUGAAUUCGCCACAAAUGUACGAUACUACUUCUCAAACUCACUCUCAUCAAACUCAUCACCAGCUUACCCAACAGGAGUUGAUGGCAGCUAAAAAAGCACAACUUGGUCAACUUAAAAACAGGUAUGAUAUAUCAGAAUUAUCUACACCUGAAAUAUCGCUAGAUCUUCAAAAUUUAAUCGACGACAGUCAGUUUAGCGAAGGACUAUUUACAGAGAUCCUUCAACAAGGCCAAGUAAAAUUGCCAAAUGGAUCCACUCGUAAUGGAGUAAAUCAAAAUGGAUUUAAUGCUCGGACCACAUUAGCAUAUAUGCCCCAGCCUGUUCAUUACGAAAGUACCCCAACUGCUACUGGAGGACCUAUAAAAGAAGAACCUCCUGAAAAUGUAGAGUUUCGUAAUCAACAACAGCAACAAUACCUUAGUAAUGGUCAAGGUGGUGCAUUUCAGUCACCUGUUUCUGGAGGUGGUAGUAAUGGUUCACAUUUAAAAGCCCAUCAUAACCAUCAUCGAAAGUCAAGCUCUGGUAGUAAUAAGUCUGUAGACAAAAAUACAGAUGAAUACAAAAGACGACGUGAACGAAACAAUAUUGCGGUUCGAAAAAGUCGAGAAAAAGCAAAAAUUCGUAGUCGGGAAACUGAAGAAAAAGUUAAACUAUUAGUUAAAGAAAACGAAAGAUUACAAAAAAGGAUAGAACUACUCAGUGAAGAAUUAAAUGUAUUAAGAUCACUUUUUACAAACGUAGGAGUAUUACCUGAACAUCUUCAUAGGGAGCUUAAUAAACAUUUUGAUGCCUAUCCACAUUUACAGUGAACAUAAGGUUUCAAAAUCAGAAAUAUAUUGUAGUUGAUACCAGUUCAGUUAUAAAAAACCUUCUCAAAAUAACUUUUAUUUUUGUUAUCUGUUAAUUUAGUUUUAUAUAUAUUUAGUAUUAGGUAUGUUUUUUUUCACAGUUUUUAAAAACAAAAAUUUAGGUCUUAAAAUUUGAUGACGAAAAAUAUUUUAAUUGUCGUCAAAUAUGUAAAUAAUAAUAACAAUAAUACCAAAAAUUAAUAAUUUCAUGAGUUCACAGCAGAUUCAGCCUAAUCGAUGGUAAAUAUUUUUUGUCGUUUUUUUUAAUUAGUCAAAUGACUUUUGUUAAGUUGACUGUGCAUUGGUGAAUUAUACAUAAUAUUUUUACAUAACAGUAUUUUAAAAUAUUUGUUUUUACUAACUUCUAUUUUAUAUUAAUAGUAUUUCUUUCAUAUUUUUAAUAUUAUUUAAAAUACCCAUUAUUAAAAAUUUACUAGUUAAAUUUUUAAAGAUAAAUAAGAUUUUGUAAGAAUAAGAAAAAAUAUUUAUACUUUUUUUUUGGUACAAAUUUUUUAUAGUAUAUAUUUUUUACUCAUUUUUUUAUAGCUAUUUGAAACUUAAGCCAUAAGUGUUCAAAUAAUAAAAAUAUACCAAAUUAGUUAAACAUUUGACUUUUUUAAAACUUUGUUACCGUUACUUAAACCAUAAAAUAUAUUACUCAUACCGUGCAUAUAAACAUCUAGAUUAUAAGAGCAGUAAAAUUUAAAUUACUUGAGGUUUAAUAAUAUUUAUUAAUAUAUUUUUAUCAAAAACAAAAAAGAGAAACUUAAUAUUAUUGUGUAAAUAGUAAUUUGUUAUCCUUAUGUUACACACAAGUAUAUGGACUAAGUUUAUAUUUUUAAAAAAGAAAAUACUGUGAUGUCUAAGUGCCUAUUCUCAUAAUCGUCAUUUCAAAUUCACAAAAUAAAAUAAGAUUCUUAAGUUACCCAUGUUAAACAAUAUAGAUUUAUUGAAGGAGACCGGCAAGCCAAAUUAAUUAUUAAAUAAAAAUAAAAUUAGUUACCCAAUAAUAAUUCCUAAUUUAAUAUUGGUUUAAUGUUACCCGUUAAAAAUAAAGUCAAGCUUAAAUUUAAUUUUAAGUUUAAAAUUAAUGUAAUGUUAUGUAAAACAAUACUAUAAUUUUUGUUUUAUUAUAUUUUUAUACGAUCAAAGAAAAUAAUUUUGUUUUUCGUACUAAAUUCUUUAAAAGAUAUUUUUAUACUUAAUAAUAUGAAUUCUUCUACUAUAAUUAUUGUUGUAAGUUAAACAUUUUAAACUGCCUUCGACUUACCUGUGUAAAAUAAUAUGUUCAUAAUUAGUAUU